AAAGAGCAAGAAUGAUGAGUUCCAGUAAAUAUACGCUACUCCUUGUAAGCUGUUGCUGCAGCCUAGCGCUGGCCUAUCUGCCGGAUGUCAAUAUCUUCACCAAUUAUCGCACCGAGGUGUACAACGGCAUACCUUCGGAGAUAGACACCACACCCUUCAUACGGAUUGGCGACAACUACUAUUAUAUUGAGCCCAUGAACAAGGUGAAUUGGUUCCAGGCCGCUGGCGCCUGUCGGAUGAUGAACGCCCAUCUGGCCUCGAUUGAGGACAAGCCAGAGAUGGACGCUUUGGUGAAAUACAUGAAGGCGAAGGGAUUUAAGAACAACGACUAUUUCUGGAUAUCGGGGAACGAUUUGGGCACUGAGGGCGCCUUCUACUGGAUGUCCACAGGGCGGCCCAUGACCUUCGCCCCAUGGAACGGUGCCAAACAGAUGCCCGACAACUAUGGUGGCAACGAAAACUGCGUCCACAUGUUCGGCACCCGUGAACUGAUCAACGAUGCCAACUGCAAGAUACAGAUGCUAUAUGUGUGCGAGGCCAGCGAGCCGAAGACCUUUAAGUUUACCUACAUUAAGUGGUAGAUCAAUUUUAGAUGAGGACCAUCAUAUAGUAUAUCCGUUUUGUUUUGCCACAAGGCAGACAGUUUUGGUUUUUAUUUAAAUCAUUCUUUCCUUCAUUCAUUUUUUCUUUGUUUUUGUUUUGUAUUUGUUUCAUCUUUUUAUAUAUGGUGCGCUUUCGCUGCGCCCAUCAAUUUGUUACCUUUGCUAAAUACAUAUAUAUUUAUAUAUAAUUUAAUUUAGGUUUUCUCUUUCCUCUUAUUUUCUUCUCCUCUACUCAUUUCAUUUAAUUUUUUUGUUUUUUUUUUUGUUGUGGUUUACUUUACUGUGUUUGUCGCAUACUAAAUUGUUACCGUUGCUCGACUUAAUAAACUUUUAAAUAUAAA